GCAUGUUUCGAAAUUAAAUUAAAUCAAUUAAUAUGCCUUCGCGAAGGAAUGCUCAGUUCUAUCUGGAGUGCAGUCGACUGAGCAUAGUGCCUAACUGGCUUGCGGCUUCUCCAACACCGUCAGCGUCUACCUGUCGCUCUCAAUCCGCCAAUUUCCUAAUACUUUUAUCUCUCUACUCCACCAUCUUCGCCUGAUUCUCUCUCCUACUUUAAUCCGCUUUUUCUCGAGUUUUUUAAGCUUUUUUCCGUGUCACGCCGGGAGAACUUUCGCGUCUUACUAUAUUGCUACUGAUUCUACUCUUCACCAACUACUGUGGAACCCUAGAGGGAAUUUGCUUUGGGGUUUGUUGUUGCCUGUUGUUAGGGGUCAGAGUCCUCGUGGCUUCCGCCGGUUUUCUCCAGAUCUGGACGCCAUUGUAGAAUGGAUGACAUAUCAGUUCAAUCUGGAGAAGAUCCAGUUGAAAUGCCCCAGAAGACAGAAUUGCAUAAAUCAGCAGAGACUGUGAAGAGAACACCAAAAACUUUAAAACCUAAUUCCACUGCAGCUCGAAGGGAUUCAGGAGCAACUGGGACUACAAGAAAGAAAAUGGAAGCAAAGAACAGCUCAGAAUUGAGUACACCUGGAGCUAAAUCAGCUGCAAUCAAAUCUAGCUCUUCAAGGAGUACAAAUUCAGUUCCAUUGAGUAGGAGGAGCAGCACUGGAGGUUUGCCUGAGAAGCAGUCACUCUCAGUUACUAAGCGGCAAACUAGUGUUAGUUCAAUUGCAGACAAAAGAGCUAGCCCUCUGGCCUCAGAACCAUUGAGGCGGUCUCUUCCUGAAGUUCGGAGGAGUUCAUUGCCUGCUGUUGCUUCUAAAACAAUGGCACGUUCAAGCAUCUCAGAGACUAGAAUGUCAGCUCCCUCUGUACCUGUUGUUCAAACUUCAAGACCAUUGCCUACUUCCAAUGCAAAGAAACAAGAUUUGGGAAAGAAACCAUCUGUGAAACCAUCAUCAUCAUCAGUUUCUUCCUCAAAGAGACUUCCUUCUUCUUCAUCUGACAGCACUGCCAGCAGCUCAACCAAAAGGGUGCUGUCAAAGGUCUCUUCUUCAUCACCUCGGACACCUUCAGGUACCAAUGGACCAAAAGGUGGCACUUUCUCUUCAUCAAAGAACAGGAGUUCUGGUUUAUCCAGUCGUGGGAAAGUGGCAACUCCUGAAAGUCGGGACUCUCGUCUCAUAAUGCUUCCACAGGUGGAGAUCAAAGCUGGUGAUGAUGUGAGAUUGGAUCUUAGGGGUCACCGAAUUCGAAGUCUCACAACUAGUGGGUUGAACUUGUCACCUAAUUUGGAGUUUGUCUAUCUCAGAGACAAUCUCUUAUCCAUGCUGGAAGGUGUUGAAAUAUUGAAGAGGGUGAAGGUUCUUGAUUUGAGCUUUAAUGAUUUCAAAGGGCCUGGGUUUGAACCACUUGAAAAUUGCAAAGCCUUACAGCAACUCUAUCUUGCUGGCAAUCAAAUUACAUCACUAGUCAGCCUUCCUGAGCUUCCCAAUUUAGAGUUUCUUUCGGUUGCACAAAAUAAGUUGAAGUCUCUUUCAAUGGCCAGUCAGCCUAGACUACAGGUGUUAGCUGCAAGCAAAAAUAGAAUCUCAAGUUUGAAGGGUUUCCCGUACUUACCAGCCCUUGAGCAUCUGCGGGUGGAAGAGAAUCCUAUACUUGAAAUGCGGCAUCUGGAAGCAGCUUCUAUUUUGCUUGUUGGACCAACUUUGAAAAAAUUCAAUGAUCGAGAUCUUUCUCGAGAGGAGCUAGCAUAUGCAAAGCGUUAUCCUGCACAAACUGCCUUAUGCAUUAGAGGUGGUUGGGAGUUGUGCCGUCCUGAGCAUGCUCUUGAUUCAACUUUCCAAUUUCUUUUUGAGCAAUGGAAAGAUCAAUUUCCUCCUGGCUAUCUGCUCAAGGAAGCGUCUAUUGAUCAACCUUUUGAAGAAGAUGCUUGUUUCUGCCACUUCAGUUUCAUCACAGAUAAAACUGGGAGCAAUGAUUCGGACUUGAUCUUAAAGUACCAAUGGUUUAUAGGAGAGAGAACUCCCUCAAAUUUUCUUCCCAUCCCUGAUGCAACUGGAGAGGUUUACUGGCCAAAGCAUGAGGAUAUUGACAGGAUUCUAAAAGUGGAGUGUACCCCCAUCUUGGAAGGGACCAAGUACCCUAAAAUUUUUGCUAUAUCUUCACCAGUUUCACCUGGAACUGGAUGCCCAAAGGUUUUGAAGAUUGAUGUGCGGGGCGAAUUAGUAGAGGGAAAUGUUAUUAGGGGAUAUGCUGAAGUUGCAUGGUGUGGUGGAACUCCAGGAAAAGGUGUUGCUAGCUGGCUAAGGAGGAAAUGGAAUAGUAGUCCAGUAGUAAUUGUUGGUGCAGAAGAUGAGGAAUACCAGUUGACACUUGAUGACAUUGAUUCAUGUUUGGUUUUUAUGUAUACUCCUAUGACAGAAGAAGGUGCAAAAGGAGAACCUCAAUAUGCAAUCACAGAUUAUGUCAAACCAGCUCCUCCAUCGGUCAAUGACGUGCAGAUUAUUGGUGAUGCUGUUGAAGGAAGUACUAUCAAAGGUAUUGGAAAAUACUUUGGAGGAAGAGAAGGUCCCAGCAAGUUUGAGUGGUUGCGCGAGGACAAGAACAGUGGGGAGUGUUUAUUAGUGUCAACAGGUACAACUGACUACGCCUUAACCAAAGAAGAUGUUGGGUGGAAAUUGGCUUUUGUAUAUAUACCUGUCAAUUUUGAGGGCCAGGAGGGCAAGUCUGUAUCAACAUUGUCUCCAACAAUUAAGCAAGCUCCUCCAAGAGUAACAAAUGUGAUGAUAAUUGGUGACUUGAGGGAGGGAAGUAAGGUCACUGUUACUGGUAUGGUGACUGGAGGAACUGAAGGAGCUAGCAGAGUUCAAUGGUUUAAAACAGCAUCAUCAACAUUGGAGGGUGAAAACGGUCUUGAAGCAUUAAGCACAUCAAAAAUUGCGAAGGCAUUUCGCAUACCUUUAGGAGCUGUUGGCUGUUUUAUCGUUGCAAAAUUCACUCCCAUGACUCCAGAUGGUGAAUCUGGCGAACCGGCUUAUUCUAUAUCUGAAAAAGCGGUUGAAACUCUUCCCCCGAGCCUAAAUUUCUUAUCAAUUACUGGUGAUUACUCUGAAGGCGGAAUAUUGACAGCUUCAUAUGGUUACAUUGGAGGUCAUGAAGGAAAAAGUAUUUAUAAUUGGUUCCUUCAUGAGGUUGAAACUGACUCUGGCAAUCUAAUACCAGAGGCUUCAGGUCUUCUCCAAUAUCGGGUUACCAAAGAUGCCAUUGGUAAAUUUAUUUCCUUUUCAUGUACCCCAAUUCGUGAUGAUGGGAUUGUAGGUGAGCCAAGAACUUGCAUGGGGCAGGAACGCACUCGGCCUGGUAGCCCAAGAUUACUUUCUUUGCAAGUAGUUGGAACUGCUGUUGAAGGCUGUACGCUGACUGUUGAUAAAAAGUAUUGGGGUGGUGAAGAGGGAGACUCAAUUUUUCGUUGGUUCCGGACUAGUUCAGAUGGCACUCAGACUGAAAUUAAGGAUGCUACUACAUCAUCAUACAUACUCUCUGUUGAUGACAUUGGCUACUUUAUAUCGGUUUUAUGUGAGCCUAUAAGGAGUGAUUGGGCUCGUGGUCCAAUUGUGCUUUCUGAACAAAUUGGCCCAAUAAUACCUGGACCACCUACUUGCUGGUCGCUUGAAUUUCUUGGAUCAUUUGUGGAAGGAGAACGCUUGAGCUUCAUUGCUUCUUAUAGUGGAGGAGAAAAAGGAGAAUGCUUAUACGAAUGGUUUAGAGUGAAAAGUAAUGGAGUCAAAGAUAAACUAAAUGCUGGUGACUUCUUGGACUUGACCUUGGAAGAUGUGGGAAGAUGCGUGGAACUUGUGUACACACCUGUUCGCAAUGAUGGAAUGAAAGGGUGUGCUAAGAGUGUGGUCUCUUGCGUGGUUGCUCCUGCGGAUCCAGUGGGUAUGGAGCUUGUAAUUCCUGACUGCUGUCAGGACAGGACAGUGUUCCCUAAAAAAGUAUACUUCGGUGGAGAAGAAGGUAACGGGGAAUUUGUUUGGUAUAAGACUAAGAGCAAAUUGCAAGGGGCGGCUCUCAUGGACAUAACUAUUGAUUGUGAAGAUGUCUUUAUAUGUGGAAGAACACUAACAUACACACCAUCACUGGAAGAUGUUGGGGCUUAUUUGGCUUUGUAUUGGGUGCCAACUCGUGCAGAUGGGGAAUGUGGAAAGCCCUUAGUAUCAAUUUGUGAUUCUCCAGUUACCCCAGCUCUUCCUGUAGUUUCUAAUGUUCAUGUAAAGGAAUUGUCUUCGGGCACUUACUUUGGGGAAGGAGAAUAUUUUGGUGGUUAUGAAGGGCCAAGCUUGUUUAGCUGGUAUAAAGAAAGUAAUGAGGGAACUAUCAUUCUUAUUGAGGGAGCAAAUUCUAGAACUUACCAAGUUACAGAUUUAGAGUACAAUUGCCGUUUAUUAUUCGGAUACACACCAAUUCGUUCAGAUUCAGUUGUUGGAGAGCUCAAAUUAUCUGAGCCAACUGGCAUUAUUCUCCCUGAGCUUCCAGAGAUCGAGAUGCUUGCUCUUACUGGAAAGGCAGUUGAAGGAGAUGUACUCACUGCAGUUGAAGUAAUUCCAAAUAGUGAAAUUCAGCAACGUGUUUGGGGCAAAUACAAGAAAGAUGUUAAAUACCAAUGGUUUUGCUCAUCUGAAGCAGGAAAUGAUUUGUCCUUUGAGCCUUUAACUUCUCAGCGUUCGUGCUCCUUUAAGGUGCGACUAGAGGACAUUGGUCGGUGUCUGCGAUGUGAAUGCAUUGUGACUGAUGUGUUCGGAAGGUCAAGUUACCCGGCAUAUGCUGAAACUGAUCCCAUUUUACCAGGCAUUCCUCGAGUGGAUAAGUUGGAGAUUGAGGGUAGAGGCUUCCACACCAACUUAUAUGCUGUUCGUGGUAUUUAUAGUGGAGGAAAAGAGGGAAAAAGUAGAAUCCAAUGGCUUAGAUCAAUGGUUGGAAGUCCUGAUCUUAUCUCUAUUCCUGGGGAAACUGGGAGGAUGUAUGAAGCUAAUGUUGAUGAUGUGGGCUACAGGCUGGUGGCUGUAUAUACUCCUGUAAGAGAGGAUGGAGUUGAGGGUCAGCCUGUUUCUGCAUCAACCGAGCCUAUUGCAGUUGAACCUGAUAUUCUCAAAGAAGUGAAGCAGAAGCUUGACCUUGGAUCUGUGAAAUUUGAGGCAUUGUGUGACAAAGACAGAUCUUUGAAAAAGGUCCCUGGAAUUGGUAGUCUUGAGAGAAGACUUCUGGAGGUUAAUAGAAAGAGAAUCAAGGUUGUGAAGCCUGGUUCUAAGACUUCCUUUCCUACCACUGAAAUACGGGGAAGCUAUACUCCUCCAUUCCAUGUGGAGCUUUUCCGGAAUGAUCAGCACAGAAUUAGAAUUGUAGUGGACAGUGAGAGCGAAGUGGACAUUCUGGUGCAGACCCGGCAUCUGAGAGAUGUUAUUGUACUUGUGAUCCGAGGCCUUGCUCAGCGUUUCAACAGCACUUCCCUCAACUCUCUCCUCAAAAUAGAGAAUUAAACUUGGGUAAAUAUUUGUAAAUUGAAUCAAUAUCAAGUGUGUUUGAGCUGCAACUGAUAAUACUCUGGCUUUGACUGUUGAGCUACUAAUGAUGCCUCUUUCUGGCUUUCGUUUGCCCUCUCAUAUUGCUUCAUUUUGCUUGUAGGGCAUUCCUUUUAGUAGAAUAGCCAUGUAUAUUUACUUGUAAUUUACAAGAAACCUUGUGCAAAAUCAGAGUGUUCUUGAAUGUGGAAUUGCUCAAUGGUAUGGUACCUUAUCAGGACAA